UGCUAAAGAUUAUGAUGUGUCGUGAAGGUGUGCUGCUGCUGAGACUGAGUAUAAAGCGUACGUCGAGAACUUUUGAUGUCGUUUCGAUAUCGAUUUAGACGUUUCAGAUUCAUUACUCACACAAAGAUGAACGGAAGUUGUUGCAAACCCCGGCGAUGACGAAGUAAAAAGUAUGCGUAGUUUCAACUUGUGUAGUUUCCACUUGUUUUCCCAGAAACUACUAGACACCGCGAAGGCAACAUCAGACUAGUGGACGGCUAGGCGAAUCGCCUGGGUGUUCAUUUUUUUUCAUUUGUAUAGCCGAGAAGUCUUGUUCUCAUGAACACAGUAAGCUUCUCCACACAAAAUCAGAUUGAAAACAACCACUAGCCGAGCAGUACAAUUUCAAUUACAAAUCAGGUCUCACCGCGCACCGCCCCCGAUUCGUUAGAAUACAAUUUCCCGGCUCCUCCCUCUUUAAUUUCUGCCUCUACCCAUAAUUGCAACUCGUUAUUUGUGUAGCUUACUUUAGCACUCAACUUCUUAUCGCUUCCCUCCACAAGAAGAACCACCGCCCCGCUUGGACCAUAUUAUUUUGUAUUUUUUCGUAAUGGCCGCCCUUGGCGUCUUUGCUUCGUGCCGCGACACCGCGGGAGAUGCGGACGACGAGGCUUGGAUGGCCUGGCUGCAGCCCGUAAGGGACGCGUUUCUGUUCUUCGAGAAACAGAAAACGUCAAACGUGUCGACAGCAGGGAGCAAUAGAAGUGCUACUGCUGGUGGUGCAGUAUCACCAUCUCCCAGCACGACAGCGUCCAACGCGAGCUCCUCUUCCUCCUCCACCGCUCCACCUGUAGCCAGACCGUCCGCAAAGUGGGAGAUCGCAUAUCGCAGAAAACGCGACGGCGGAGACUUGCGGAACAUCGGAACUGUUGCGGUGAACGCAGCUGCUGCGCACCAGAAUGGAAGAAACUACGGCGCAGGAGCUGGUGGUGCACCAGCUCCUACAAGUACUACUAGAUCGCAACCCUUAAUGGUCGCCAUGAGAUAUGCGAUGGAUCCCUAUCUCCUGUCCAUGAAUGGUGACGGCGAAGACGCCGGUGACGCAAAUAACCAGCCGUCCGGGAUCUGUGGCUUCGUGACGGAUUUUGUCUGGCCGGCGGAUAUUUUGCCAGAGGAGGUGGAAACAGCCCCGGGUGAGGACACUCCUGCAGAUAGGAAUGAUGUCGCGCCGCCGGACCAACCACCACAACAGCAAGUGAGCCAGCACCAGGAGCAAGCGACGCAGAGUUUCGGCGGCAUCGAAAAUUGCUACUGCUUUGGCCCGGUGAACCGGAAAAUCAAGGUUUGGCAGGGAGAAGACCCCUUCGCAAACAGCUACUACGACGAGGACGAUCCGCUGUCGCAACCGCCGAAAGCCGUGCGGUUUGCGGUGAAGCAAGGCUUAGUGGUCGGCGGGUCGAACACCGGCUCGAUGCUGGUGUUGUCCCCGGAUCUGACGUUAGCCGCGUCAGGCCCUUCAUCGGUCUUCCCAACAAGGAAACGGAAGGAAGCGCUUGACGGAACCCAGAACAACGUUGGCUUCAACGUCUUGGAUGUUGCGGUGCUCAAAUUAGUGGUAAAAGAAGAGUACAGCUAUGGUGGAAACGGACCGAAUUCGAACACCUCUGGCUUCGACCAAUUUGGGAGGUACUCAACGGAGGAAGACCCGGGGCCCACGGCGGAGCAGGAGAACCAGAACGCUUUCAUGUUGAAUUUUAUCUCCUCUGCGACAAGGAAUCAGGCUGUAAACAGAAACUAUUUUGGAUAAAAGGAGCUACUUGUUGCUUUGAUUGAUGACACCGAACUGUUUUUCUGGUAGACGUGGAUCAUGAAGUGUUGAGGCAAUCAUUGUC